AUGAACUCGGCCGAGGACACGUCCGAGGAUGGGCCCGGCGCCGACUCGGACGACGACGUGAUCGACUCGGACGACGACGACGAUGUGCAGACUGGCGCAUCUGGGAAGCCCUAUCUGAGCCUUAUGCAAAGUCUUGUGGAAAGCGCCCCUCACAAAGCAAAAAGGCGGAAGCUGGACCACCCCUCGGCCGAGGACAGGACUGAACAGCCCACCCCAGAGUCUGCCGUAAACGCCGCCGGAGAGGACGACGACGAAAAUUCUGAAGACGUCGACCGAGUCGAGGAAGCCGAGGAGGAUCCUGCCGAUGUGAAGCCAGAAGACUUGUUUGACUACGACGACGAAGAAGCCGAUGCUGAGGAUCCCUUCGAGACGCACUUUGUCGACCUAGACCAAGCGCUGCUGCUCCCGCGGCUCAAGGCCAUCCAGGAGGACAAAUGGCGUACGCACCGAGUUGUCGCCAAACCCAUGAGGACUCUCAUACACACGCCCGGCGUAGGGGAUCCCAGUGACUCGGGCGACUCGGCGCUUCUCCCGAGACCCGUGUCUGGAAUUAGCGGCCUCAAGCUCAAGAAGAAGCUGAGCGAGACCAUGGGGCCCAAGCACGCCACAUUCGAUCCCACUGAGCAGACAAUCGCGCCGCUCCUCUUCAACUACUCGGAUCUGCUCUACUGCAACCGGACUGUUGCUGGGGCCGAGAGUGUGAGGAGGAUGGCCUGUCUGCAUGCGCUCAAUCACAUUUUCAAGACGCGCGACCGGGUGGUCAAGAACAACGACAGGCUGUCACGGCAACAGCCGGGCAGCGAGGACCUAGAGCUGCGGGACCAAGGCUUCACGCGGCCCAAGGUGUUGAUAAUCCUGCCGACACGGCAGUCGUGCGUAAAGAUGGUAGAGAUGAUCUGCAACAUCAUCGAGCCGACGCAGCAGGAGAACAGGAAGCGCUUCGACGACGGAUACACGGACAAGCAGUCCAAGUUCUCCGACGACAAGCCCGACGACUUCCAGGACCUCUUCGCCGGCAACGACGACGACAUGUUCCGGCUAGGCAUAAAGUUCACGCGCAAGACCAUCAAGUACUUUUCUCAGUUCUACAACUCGGACAUCAUCUUUGCCAGCCCGCUAGGGCUGCGCAUGGCCAUCGGGUCCGAGGAGGAGAAGAAGAUGGACUACGACUUCCUCAGCUCCAUCGAGGUGGUGAUUGUCGACCAGGCUGACGCGCUGCUGAUGCAGAACUGGGAGCACGUCGAGUACGUCUUUGAGCACCUCAACAUCCAGCCCAAGGACGCCCACAGCUGCGACUUCAGCCGGGUGCGGACGUGGUACCUGGACGACCAGGCCAAGUACUUCCGCCAGACGGUGGUGCUCAGCGCCUUCAACACGCCCGAGCUGACAGAGCUGCUCCGCGUGCACUGCCACAACUGGGCCGGCAAGGCGCGGCUGCAGCAGGAGUGCGCGGGCGUGCUGCAGCAGCUCGGCGUCAAGGCCAAGCAGACCUUUAGCCGCUUCGAGGUGCCGUCGGUGGCCGGCGACCCGGACGCGCGCUUCGCCUACUUCACCAAGGCCAUCGUGCCGGCGCUGGCCAAGCGCGGCGCCAAGGACGCCGGCGGCACCCUCAUCUUCGUCCCGUCGUACCUCGACUUUGUGCGCGUGCGCAACUACUUCGCCAACGACGCCGCCGCCGAGAGCAUCACGUUUGGCACCAUCUCCGAGUACGCCGACGUGCCCGAGGCGUCGCGCGCGCGCUCGCACUUUUUGACGGGCCGCCACCGCGUCCUGCUCUACACGGAGCGCGCCCACCACUUCCGCCGCUACCAGGUCAAGGGCGUCCGCCGCGUCGUCUUCUACGCCCUGCCCGACAACCCGCUGUUCUACGCCGAGAUCGCCGGCGGUUUCCUGCAGCGCAGCGAGCAGGCCCUGCUGCUCGACCCCUCGCGCGGCGCCGUCCGCGCCAUGUUCUCCCGCUACGACGUCAUGAAGCUCGAGCGCAUCGUCGGCACCCAGCGCGUCGCCAAGAUGCUCAACGACCAGGGCGACACGUUUGACUUUGUGUGA